CUGUUUCGUUCCUGAUAUUUGGUGCGAGAGGAGUCUGAAAUGACAUUCAAACAAAUCAUCGAGCAGAGAGAUUAGAUCCAGAUCCAGGAUUUGAGGAGACAUAAACGUUUCGUCCUUCAGCUUCCCGUUUUCUAUUCUGAUUGAGAGCCACAUUUGCAGUUCAGGAUGCGUUUUGCAGAGCUGGUUUUGGCAUCUGUGCUGUCUGUGACCACUUUGGCCCUCGAUAAUGGGCUGAUGAGGACCCCCCCCAUGGGCUGGUUAGCCUGGGAACGAUACCGCUGUGAUAUUGACUGUGAAAAUGAUCCCAAGAACUGCAUCAGUGAGAAUCUGUUCACCGACAUGGCGGACAGGCUGUCAGAGGACGGCUGGAGGGAACUGGGCUACGUCUACGUGAACAUAGACGACUGCUGGUCCUCCAAGGAGAGAGACAACCAGGGCCGGCUACAGCCUGACCCAAAGAGGUUCCCAGGAGGAAUCAAAAGGUUGGCGCGCUACAUGCACGACAGGGGUCUCCAGCUGGGCAUCUACGGGGACAUGGGCACUUACACCUGCGGGGGCUACCCAGGCACCACGCUGGACAAGAUCCAAACGGACGCUCAGACGUUUGCCGACUGGGAGGUGGACAUGCUCAAGUUUGAUGGUUGUUACUCUAAUGCCACCGAGCAAGAACAGGGAUACCCUCUCAUGUCAAAGGCUUUAAAUGCCACCGGCCGCCCCAUCGGAUACUCCUGCAGCUGGCCUGCCUACCGGGGCGGGCUCCCUCCAAAAGUGAAUUACACUCAACUCGGGAUGAUCUGCAACCUGUGGCGUAACUAUGGCGACAUCCAGGACUCUUGGGACAGCGUGCUGAACAUUAUUGACUGGUAUUUCGAAAACCAGGAUGUACUGGCAGCUGCAGCUGGACCUGGAAGGUGGAAUGACCCUGAUAUGCUGCUUAUCGGUAACUUUGGCCUCAGCAAGGAACAGUCUCGUACCCAGAUGGCCCUGUGGGCAAUCAUGGCAGCUCCCCUCUUCAUGUCCAACGAUCUGCGGACCAUCAGCGGUGAGGCCCGGAGCAUCCUGCAGAACAAAAUGGCCAUCAGCAUCAACCAGGACGUCUUGGGCAUUCAGGGAAGACGCAUUUUGAAGGAGAAGAGUGGCAUCGAGGUGUUCUGGCGUCCCCUGUCAAACAACGCCAGUGCGUUAGUAUUUUUCAGCCGCCGUACUGACAUGCCUUACCGCUACAAGACCUCCCUUCGCCAGCUUAACUACACCACAGGCAGCUACAAGAUCUUUGACGUCUUCACCGAGAAGGCAACGACUCUCAAAGACUCCACUGACUUUGUCGUGUCGGUGAACCCCACAGGCGUGGUCAUGUGGUACGUUUCUGCACCGGCCAAGCGAAGCAUCCGCCAGUUCUAUGGAGGCGGGAAACUCCACAGAUCUGCCUUGGAUGCGGAGGAAAAGGACAUUCAUCGUGCUUUCUUGUGAACCCUUACAAUUUUUAAUCACUUUAUUUGUUUCUUUUAGGAGGUUUGAUUUGAUUUGAUUGAUGGAUGUGUUGUCUGAUUGGUCGAAGGACUUUUUGGGAGUUUAUGUAUUUUACAAAUCACAUGAUGAUUAACUGAAUUUUUCAUGUGAGAUGAAAUCAGUACCAUGAAUCAUUAGUGUCCAAUAAUAUUUCUUAGACAUUAUAAAAGGGAUGAUAAAUACCACCACACAGAACAGGAUAAAAAAAAAAAAAAAUACUUUAUGAAAUGAAUAAAUAUUUUGUAAAAUAUA